UUUUUUUUUGAGUUUUCGUCAGCUAAAAUUACUUUUAACAUGGACAAUAUUGAUGAUCUUAUUCUUUCUUUAACUGGAAAAAAGGCAGAAGAAGAUAAAAAACUACAAGAACACGUGUCAAAAAGAACAAAAAAAUCAACAAGAACUUUAUCUGAUUCAGAAGAUGAGGGACAUGGAUAUUCUGAUGAUGAUGAUGCUGUAAACGAUGAUGAUGAAGACAUGGAGGAUAUUGACGAAUAUGGUCCCGAUUUAUAUAAAGAUGAAGAGGAUCGUAAAAGAUUACAAGCACUUCCUGAAGUUGAAAGAGAAAGAAUUUUGGCUGAGCGUUCAGAAGAAAGACAGAGAAAUCUUGAACGUCUUGAGGUCAGAAAACUUCUCAAAGAUGGUAGAAGAGAAAAUGCUACAAGACGUUCAGCACGUUCUAAAGGUAGUGGAACAGCAAAUGCUCUUUCGGAAUUAGCUAGACGUAGAGAAGAAAAAAAUAAAAGCAGAAGUAAACGUCAUCGUAGAGAAACGCCUAGUCCCGAAAGAAAAAGGGUAAGGAGAUAUGGUGAUCAAAGUGACUAUGAACACAGUGGUGAAGACUAUAUUGAAUCUGAAGAUGAAGCUGAAAAGAAGGCCAAAAAAAGAGCACCUUCAUAUGAAGAACUUCAAACUAUUUGUAUAACAAGAAACAUCCUUGAAAAAUGGCUUUUUGCUCCUUUCUUUGAAAAUACAGUUAUAGGUUGUUUCGUUCGUAUAUUUAUUGGACCUGAUCCACAAAAAAAGACACCUGUUUACAGACUUUGUGAAAUCAUUGACGUUGUUCCUUGGCAUAAAGCAUACAAAGUGACGGAGAAUACAUGGAGCAAUAAAGCCUUAAAGAUCAAACAUGGUAAAGCCGAAAAGGAUUUCACAAUGGAUAUUAUUUCGAAUCAACCUAUUACUCAACAUGAAUAUUCACGUCUUUUGGCCACCUUGGAAAGUGAUCGUAUUCGUGCUCCUACCAUGGAUCAAGUGGAACGAAAAACAGAAGAUUUAAAACAAGCAAGAGAAUAUAUAUUAAAUGAUCAAGAAGUAAAUGAGAUGAUUGAAAAGAAACGAGCUGUUAAAGGUGCAUCAGUGAAUGUGGCUAUGGAAAAAGCUCAGUUACUUGCUAGACUUGAGCAUGCUAAAGCUUAUAAUGAGACCGAGAAAGUAUUAAAGUUGACAAAGGAAUUAAAAGAAUUAGAAGAAAGGGCUUCAAGUACAGAAGGAAAUAGCCAGCAAGAUGUAUGGGCUAAUAUCAAUUAUAGAAAUAGAGAAAGAGAUAGAAUUGAAGUACAUGAAGCAGAACGUCGUAUGACAGAAGCUAGAAGGAGAGCUUUACUUGAAAGUACAAGAGCAGCUACUCAAAAACCGAAAGAAAGCGAAGUUGCUGCUGAUUCUUCUUUAUUACCAAUAGAUACAUCUUAUAAACCAAUUACUACCCAUAUUAGUACUUUAAGUAAGGAAUCUUUAAAUGUUGGACAAGCGACUUCAUCUCAGACACCCUAUGAAAAGCUUGUAAGCAAAGUAGGAUCAGAAAUUCAUAUUGAAUUAUUAGCAGAAGAUUAAAUAACGAUUUAUAAAUAUACAUAUAUUCAUAUUCAUAUUUAUAUACAUGUAUAUCUAUGUGUAUGUGUAUGUAUAUACAUAUAUAUAAAAUAUACAUGUGUAUCAUAAUUAUUAUUGUAAAGUAUGAAUACAUCCAUUAAUAUUGAAUAUGCCAUUUUUGUAAAUGCAAGCAAAAUUAUUAGACAG